CCCAGCACCCUGGAGCCCGGGCUGGAGGGCGGCUUCUGCCUGGGCAUUCCGCCCCAGCCCUCUCGGCCGGAAGAAUGCAGAAGGGCAUGGUCCUGAAUGCUGCUUGGGGCCACGCUUUACCAGAUGUCCUGUUAGCUGCUGAGUAAAAACGUCGUCCUCCAUUAUCCUAUUAUCCAUAGAGAACAACAACAACAACAACAAAGGUGUAAGUGCUCCCACUGGAAAAGUAAGAAGAGGACACUGGUCCUGAAGGCAUUGGACAGUGAAGAGGCACCUGGUGAUGUAGAAACUGAAGAGGAGAGGGCAGGAGAGGCAUGCAGCUUCCCGAAGGGUCACCUAACUUUCUGCCACAAGCUACCUCUUCCCGAUUCGACAUGUGCCACCACCCCACAUACCGACAUGCACCUUUGCAUUUUGUUUCUCUCUGAAGAGGAGACAAGUGGAGCAGGAGAGCUUCCUUGGACCGCAGGCACCGGCGAAGAAAGGCGCUCUGGGCCUGGCUGCCUCACUGGGUUCCGGGGUGAAGUCUCAGAGCUGCGAGAGAAUCUAACACGGAGUAGAGUUGAACGGCGAAAAAGAACCUCAAGAGUCCCCCAGCGAAAAUGUGUUGCGGUCCCUGUAGAAGGAGUCAACUUUCAGGCUGUUAAAGACCUCAAGUCAUUAGCAUCAGCUGCUACACCAACGGGGCCAGCCAGCGCCUCUAAGUGGCUUAGCACACAGACGGGGCUCCCGAGACAGCCGCCGCAACUCUAUCCACUUUUCCACCACCCGCUGGACGUGAAAAGCACAUCUUUCUUUGGACCACAUCUCGGCAGAACCUACAAGACAGCAACACCAACACCUCUUGACAUGGAAAUACACUGAUACAAUAGGCAAAAGCAACACCCGAUUGCAUCUCCCAGUUCUUGGUGGCCUUAUUUGGGCGAUUCCAUCCUGACCUUAUUCCUGUGAUGGAGGAUUCGGGCAUCCAGCGAGGCAUCUGGGACGGGGAUGCCAAGGCUGUCCAACAGUGUCUGACAGAUAUUUUCACCAGCGUUUACACCACCUGCGACAUUCCUGAGAACGCUAUAUUCGGUCCCUGCGUCCUGAGCCACACUUCCCUGUACGACAGCAUAGCUUUCAUAGCUCUCAAGUCCACCGACAAGAGAACAGUUCCUUACAUCUUCCGGGUAGACACCUCAGCGGCAAAUGGUUCCUCAGAAGGUCUCAUGUGGCUGCGUCUGGUCCAAUCAGCCAGAGAUAAAGAGGAGCAGAACCUUGAAGCCUAUAUAAAAAACGGACAGCUGUUUUACCGCUCUCUCCGCAGGAUUGCCAAAGACGAGGAGUUACUAGUUUGGUACGGGAAAGAACUGACUGAGUUACUCUUGCUCUGCCCCUCUAGACCUCACAGCAAAAUGAAUGGGUCGUCCCCUUACACAUGCCUGGAAUGCAGCCAACGUUUCCAGUUUGAGUUCCCCUAUGUGGCGCAUCUGCGCUUCCGCUGCCCCAAAAGACUUCACAGCGCUGAUAGGAGCCCCCAAGACCAGCAAGGCGGCGGCGUGGGCACCAAGGAUCACGCGGGCGGCGGCUGUGGCAAGGACCAGCAGCAGCAGCAGCAACAGGAGGCUCCCUUGGGACCCGGCCCUAAGUUCUGCAAAGCCGGCCCCAUUCACCACUACCCGACCCCCUCCCCCGAGGGCAGUAACCCACCCGUGGCUGGCGGCGGCAGCAGCGCGAAGCCAUCCACGGACUUCCACAACCUGGCCCGGGAGCUGGAAAAUUCCGGGGGAGGCAGCAGCUGCUCCCCCGGCCGAAGCCUCAGCAGCGGCAGCGGCGGCGGCGGCGGCGGCCACCAGGAGGCGGAGCUGAGUCCCGACGGCAAGGCCGCGGGCCUGGGCAAAGGGAAGAGGAAAUUCCCGGAGGAGGCGGCAGAGGGAGGCGGCGGCGGCGCGGGGCUGGCGGGGGGCCGGGGCCGCUUCGCAGAGCGGCCGGUGCCCGCUUCGAAGGAGGACCUCGUGUGCACGCCGCAGCAGUACCGCGCCUCGGGCAGCUACUUCGGCCUGGAAGAGAACGGCCGCCUCUUCGCGCCGCCCAGCCCCGAGACCGGCGAGGCGAAGCGCAGUGCCUUCGUGGAGGUGAAGAAGGCGGCCCGAGCGGCCGGUCUGCAGGAGGAGGCGGCCGCCGACGGCGCGGGCACAGCCGCCGAAGACCAGGACGCGGGCGGCGGCGGAGGCUCCUCUACACCCGUGGCCGCGUCGCCUGCCGGUGCCGAGAAGCUGCUGGCCCCGCGGCCUGGGGGCCCGCUGCCCAGCCGGCUGGAGGGGGGCAGCCCGGCGCGGGGCAGCGCCUUCACCUCAGUGCCGCACCUGGGAGGCGCGGGCGGCGGCGGUGCGGGGAGCGGCGCGGGCGCGGGGGCCGCGGGCGGUGCGGGCAGCGGCCAGGGCGCCGCGUCCGACGAGCGCAAAAGCGCCUUCUCGCAGCCGGCGCGCUCCUUCUCGCAGCUGUCCCCGCUGGUGCUGGGCCAGAAGCUGAGCGCGCUCGAGCCGUGCCACCCCGGCGACGCUGUGGGCCCCACCAGACUCUACCCCGCCGCCACCGACCCUCUGGCAGUGAAGCUCCAGGGAGCCGCGGACCUGAACGGAGGUUGCGGGGCCCUGCCGAGCGGCGGCCUGCCCAAACAGAGCCCCUUCCUCUACGCCACCGCCUUCUGGCCCAAGAGCUCCGCGGCCGCGGCAGCAGCGGCGGCCGCGGCCGCGGGGCCCCUGCAGCUGCAGCUGCCCUCGGCGCUCACGCUGCUGCCGCCCUCUUUCACCUCCCUGUGUCUGCCCGCGCAGAACUGGUGCGCCAAGUGCAAUGCCUCCUUCCGCAUGACCUCCGACCUGGUGUACCACAUGAGGUCGCAUCACAAAAAGGAAUACGCCAUGGAGCCCUUGGUGAAGCGGAGGCGGGAAGAGAAACUCAAGUGCCCCAUUUGCAACGAGUCCUUCAGGGAGCGCCACCACCUCUCCAGGCACAUGACCUCGCAUAAUUGAUGCGGAAAGGACCCCAGCUUUCCACGCGCUCACACGCACAGUCAAGCCACCUGUAGGAACAAAUAAGCGAGGACAUCCACCGUCUCCUUGUGACCUGAAACAUUGCACACACACACACACACACACACACACACACACAAUCUCCCCCAGCCUUCUCAUUCAAAUGUUUACCCGCGACUUACACUACACUACACUA